AUGGAUCCCAGCAACGAGCAGUCUAAGCAGCGUCGGAAGCCGAUCAGUAUGCCUACGGGAGUUCAGUUACAGACCACUCCGAAGCCGGCACCAGCGAGGUUCUAUCUACCAUUGAAUGUGGCUUUCUACCUGUGUUUCGCUUCGCAUCUGCUAGCAGCUCUCUAUGCCCCCAUUCAAGACUGCGACGAGACUUUCAAUUACUGGGAACCCUUGCAUUAUCUCACCCAUGGGUACGGUCUCCAAACGUGGGAAUACUCGCCAGAGUACAGCAUCCGAAGCUGGGCGUACGUUCUCAUCCACGCCAUUCCAGCCAAAAUUGCUGGCCUUCUCGGACGCAGCAAAAUUCUGGAAUUUUAUGCGUUGCGGGUCAUCUUGGCCUUCAUUUGUGCAGCAACCGAGAUUCGACUGUACUCGGCCAUAUCUCGAGUCCUUAACCCAAGGAUAGGGGUCAUAUUCUUGAUGAUUGUUGCCUUCAGCCCUGGCUUCUUCUACGCGUCUUCUGCAUUUCUGCCGUCCAGCUUCACCAUGUACACCUCUGCUCUCGGACUCACUUCGUUUAUGGACUGGCAUGGCGGACCGAAAACAGCGACGGGCAUUAUGUGGUUUGGGAUAGGAGCUCUGCUGGGCUGGCCCUUUGCAGGAGCGCUUAUAAUACCCUUCGUCAUCGAGGAAUGGUUGAUCACCUUGAUAGGUCAAGCCGACAUGUUCGAGACUUUCCGGCGCUACCUGGAUGGUGUCGUUCGCUGUCUCAUUGUUCUCGCUAUCCAGGUCGGUAUUGAUGCCUUCUUCUACCACGCACCAGUUGUGGUCCCGUGGCGCAUUGUGGCAUACAACGUUUUCGGUGGGAAGGAUCGAGGACCAGACAUUUUUGGGACGGAGCCCUGGGAUUAUUAUGUUCGCAACCUGCUUCUCAACUUCAACUUGUGGUUUGUCCUGGCCGUGGCCUCCGGGCCUCUCUUCCUGCUGCAAUCGGUCAUCUUCAAGCAAAAGACGACGAAUCAGCCAUCCUUCAGGACGCUCACGUUUCUCAUACCCUUCUACUUGUGGCUUUGUAUCUUCACCCUCCAACCCCACAAAGAAGAGAGAUUCAUGUUCCCUGCCUAUCCGCUCCUGGCACUCAAUGCAGCGAUAGCAUUUCAUUCAUUUCUAGCAUGGAUCGGGUCACCAAACUCGUUUGUCUUUGGCAAGAUCCCAGCCAAACUCAAGCUGGCAGCCGUUCUUCCGAUCAUCUUCCUGGCCAUCAAUGUCGGCUUGCUCCGAAUUGUUGGAAGUGUUACUGCAUAUCGGGCACCACUGCAGAUAUACGGCACCCUCCAGGUUCCAAACGCCACUGAAAGUGGUGACACAGUAUGCUUCGGCAAAGAUUGGUAUCGCUUCCCGUCAUCUCACUUUCUCCCCAACGGCGUGCACGCAAAGUUCAUCAAGAGUGAAUUUGACGGCCUCCUUCCCGGCGAAUUUCAUGAAGGCAACACCGGGUUUGGAUUGUUUCCUGGUACAUGGCUAAUCCCAUCCGGAAUGAAUGAUCGCAAUGAAGAAGACCCUGGAAAGUACACCGACGUCCAACAUUGCACCUACCUAGUGGACUCAUAUAUGCCUGGUAUGCGGGCAACAGAGCAUGAGCCGCUAUACCUUCGAGAUGAGAAAUGGGAGCGAAUUUCAUGUGUACCGUUCUUGGAUGCAUCUCACACAGGAACGGUUGCUAGAACCCUGUGGAUCCCUGAUCUUCCCUUCAUCCCUCCAAAGUACCGUCGACACUGGGGAGAGCACUGUCUCCUGCGACGGAGGAAUUCCUGA